GCUGAGGGCGGGUCCUGUUGGGGCCGGUCCAGGCAGAGGGUCCUCAGCCCUUCUGGAGGAAGAGUACUAGCCGGAGCGUCCACCGCCGACGGCAGAGAUCCCUUUGGAGCGCCGCCAUGCACCGGAUCGCGCUAUGCACGCUGCUCCUGCGCCUGGCGCCGCUGCUGCUGAGCACUGCGCACGGAGUCCGUAAUGUCUCCCGGAGAACAUUUGAGCUUGACUACAGCCACGACCGCUUCCUCAAGGACGGGCUGCCCUUCCGCUACAUCUCGGGAAGCAUUCACUACUUCCGGAUACCCCGCUUCUACUGGAAGGACCGGCUGCUGAAGAUGAAGAUGGCUGGGCUGAACGCCAUCCAGAUGUACGUGCCCUGGAACUUCCAUGAACCCCAGCCAGGACGCUAUGAGUUUUCCGGGGACCGUGAUGUGGAGUAUUUCAUUAAGCUGGCUCAUGAGCUGGGACUCCUGGUGAUCCUGAGGCCUGGGCCCUACAUCUGUGCCGAGUGGGACAUGGGGGGCUUACCAGCGUGGCUACUAGAGAAAAAAUUUAUUGUCCUCCGAUCUUCUGACCCAGAUUACCUGGCAGCUGUAGAUAAAUGGCUGGCAGUCCUUCUGCCCAAGUUGAAGCCUCUGCUCUACCAGAACGGAGGGCCGAUCAUAACUGUGCAGGUUGAGAAUGAGUACGGCUCGUAUUUUGCCUGUGAUUAUAACUACCUGCGUUUCCUGGCACACCGCUUCCGCUACCAUCUGGGCAAUGACGUCAUUCUCUUCACCACUGACGGGGCGAAUGAGAUAUUACUGAAGUGUGGGACCCUGCAGGGCCUCUAUGCCACGGUGGAUUUUGGAACAGGUCGAAAUAUCACAGAAGCUUUCCUAAUUCAAAGGAAGUUUGAACCCAAAGGACCUCUGAUCAAUUCUGAGUUCUACACUGGCUGGCUAGACCACUGGGGUAAACCCCAUGUCACAGUGGAUGCUGAAAUAGUGGCUGAUGCCCUCUAUAACCUGCUUACCCUUGGAGCCAAUGUGAACCUGUACAUGUUUAUAGGUGGGACCAAUUUUGCCUAUUGGAAUGGUGCCAAUACGCCCUAUUCGGCACAGCCCACCAGCUAUGACUAUGAUGCCCCACUGAGUGAGGCGGGGGACCUCACUAAGAAGUACUUUGCUCUUCGAAAUGUCAUUCAGAAGUUUAAUGAAGUCCCAGAAGGUCUCAUUCCUCCGUCUACACCAAAGUAUGCAUACGGAAACGUUGCUCUGAGAAAGUUCAAGACAGUGGCCGAAGCUCUGGACAUCUUGUGUCCCAGUGGACCUGUCAAAAGCCUUUAUCCCUUGAGCUUCCUCCAGGUAAAACAGUAUUUUGGGUAUGUGCUGUACCGAACAACACUUCCUCAAGACUGCAGUGGCCCGACGCCCAUCUUCUCUUCCUCCUCCAAUGGUGUGCACGACCGGGCUUACGUCUCUGUGGAUGGGGUCCCCCAAGGAAUCCUUGAUCGACACAUAAUGAUACCUCUGGAUAUUGAGGGGAAAGCUGGAGCCACUCUGGACAUUCUGGUGGAGAACAUGGGGCGUGUGAACUACGGCACCUUCAUCAACGAUUCUAAGGGUUUGAUUUCUUACAUGACCCUCAACUCCACCAUCCUCACCAACUGGACGAUCUUUCCACUGGACACUGAGGCUGUGGCACGCAGCCAUCUUGGGGCCUGGGAGACCCCUGAUAAGGGCCACUAUGGUGAAAAUAUUACUUCCACACUCCCCACCUUUUACGUGGGCAACUUCUCCAUUCCCUCGGGCAUCCCAGACCUGCCCCAGGACACCUUCAUCUCGUUUCAUGGAUGGGUCAAGGGUCAAGUGUGGAUCAAUGGCUUUAACCUCGGCCGAUACUGGCCCAAACAGGGCCCACAAAUGACCUUGUUUGUGCCAAAGAACAUUCUCAGCACUUCAGCCCCAAACAACAUCACAAUCCUGGAACUUGAGUCAUCACCCUGCAGAGACAGGAACCCAGAGCUGUGUACAGUGGAGUUUGUUGACAGUCCAGUGUUUAUCUGACCAUCAGUGGCCAUCUUCCAGGCCAGGCCAGUCAAGACUCGUGACUGAACGGCCUGCGACGCGACCGAGCCUCUAGGAGCACAGCCCUGAUCUGGCUACAUGGAUCGUCUUUGUCAUGCAAGAAUGGAAGAUACAUUG